AGGGCAGGACCUGCGAGUUAGAAAGGGUUCCCCCUUCAACGCACGCCUGACUGCCUCCUGUUGGAGAGUUGCUGUAAUACAUAAAUGCACCCAGGGCAUCUUUAGGAUGACCACCCAGCUGCGUGUGGCGUCCUGGGAGAGAGCUGGGGAAGGGACGAGAGGGGGCUGUCAGGUGGCAGGGGAGAGCAGCCUCCUGACGCUGUUUGCCUAGGAGCUGCAGGCCGUGGCACAGCAGUUCUCCCUUCCUCAGAAGCGAGUCUUGGAGGAACUGGAUGGUGUCGGCAUGAGCAUUGGGAGCACCAUCCACACCCAGCUCAAGAGCACUGUGUAUGAAGUGCUGGCCUCAGUGAGCAGCCUGGGCCAGGCCCUGCAGGUCUCUGUGGAUCACUUGCAAGCCCUAAACACCACGUUGGUGGAGCUGCGGAAGGGACAGCAGGACCUGGAGCCAGCCGUCCGGGAGCACCGCGAGCGCCUCCUCGCCCUGCUGCAGGAGUCCGGCUGCCAGGGCUGCACCGAGGCCCAGAGCCGAGCCCGUGCCCUGGAGCUGGGAGCUGACUUCCACCAGGUAUCCCCUGUGGACGAUGUCCUGCAUCGGCUGAAGGGUGUCCCAGAGGCCAACUUCUCCAGUAUGGUCCAGGAGGAGAACAGCACCUUCAAUGCCCUCCCGCUCCUGGUGGCCUUGCAGACGGCCAACGUGGUCAAAGAGGUGAAGAAGGUGGUGGCCCAGAAGCCUGAAGGGCUGAAGACACUGGCGGAAAGGUUCCCAGGCUGGGAGGCAGCCUCUCGCUGGAGCCGGGCGCUGAAGGAGGUGGAACAGAGUAGCCGCCCCUACCUGAAGGAGGUGCAGAGAUACGAGAAAUACAGGUGGAUUUUGGGCUGCGUGUUGUGCUCCGCAGUCCUGCUUGUGGUGGUCUGUAACCUGUUGGGCCUCAACCUGGGCAUCUGGGGACUGUCUGCCAGGGAGGACCCCAGCCGCUCGGAAGCCAAGGGCGAGGCUGGAGCCCGCUUCCUCCUGAUAGGUGUGGGCUUCAGCUUCCUCUUCGCUGCACCCCUCAUCCUCCUUGUCUUUGCCACCUUCCUGGUGGGCGGCAAUGUGCAGACUCUAGUGUGUCAGAGCUGGGAGAGCAAAGAGCUCUACAAGUUUGCAGACACCCCAGGGAACUUGCCCCCAUCCAUGAACUUGUCUCAGCUUCUUGGCCUGAAGAAGAACAUCAGCAUCCUCCUGGCCUAUCAGCAAUGCAGGGAAGGGGCCGCGCUCUGGAGCAUCCUGCAGCUCAAUGACUCCUAUGAUCUGGAGAAGCACCUGAAUAUCAGCCAGUACACUGCCAAGCUGCAGCAGGAGUUGCAGAACCUCAAAGUAGACAUGAAGAAUCUGGACCUGCUGAGCCCAGCCGCCCACCGGGACCUGGAAGCCCUGCAGAGCAGUGGGCUUGAGAAAAUCCACUAUUCCAGCUUCCUCGUUCAGAUCCAGAAGCCCGUGGUGAACACCAACAUGGAGAAGCUGGCCCAGGAGCUGGAAGAAUUGGCCCAGACCCAAGGCAGUUCUGUGCUGGGGAAGCAACUGCAGGAGGAGGCCCAAGGGCUCAAAAACCUCUAUCAGGAGAAGGUCCUCCCCCAGCAGAGCCUUGUGGCCAAUCUCAACCUCACUGUCAGGGCCCUGGCAUCCUCAGCCCCGAAUCUCCAGAUGGAGACCUCUGGUGUCUUGGACAAGGUCGCUUACCUAAAAGGAGAGCUGCCUACCUGGGCCACCAGGAUCUUGAGGAAUGAAAGUGAGUGUUUCCUGACCCGGGAGGUGGGUUACUUCUCCCAGUACGUGGCCUGGGUAAGAGAGGAGGUGACUCAGCACAUUGCCACCUGCAAACCUCUUUCCGGAGCCCUGGACAAUGGCCGUGUGGUCCUGUGUGACAUGAUGGCCGACCCCUGGAAUGCCUUCUGGUUCUGCCUGGCAUGGUGCACCUUCUUCCUGAUCCCCAGCAUCAUCUUUGCUGUCAAGACCUCCAAAUACUUUCAUCCCAUUUGGAAACGCCUCAGUUCCACCAGCUCGGAGGAGACUCAGCUCUUCCACAUCCCCCGGGUCACCUCCCUGAAGCUGUAGGGCCCCAGUGGGGGUAUUUGCUGGCUGCAAGGUGAUGCCUGGGGCUGCCUGCCUUCCUCCUCCUUUGAUUUGCCCUGGACCAGAGGACUUCUGUUGCCCUUGCUCAGAGCCCAGACUGGCAUCAGGCCUGGAUUGUCCUUCAACUCCAGUUACCUGACCCCAUUUUGCCUAUUUCUUCCCCCCCCCCUCCUUGCUGCUCAUGAACCCCUUUUUUCAUUCUCAGAAGCACAUUUAACUUUUGUUGGGCUACAGGAGCCAAUAGAUUCUUCCAGAUAUCGAUCCCUUAUCCUCCUCGCUGCAACAUAUUAGCACCAGCGGGAGCCUGUUCUCCAUCUAUUGGAACCCCUUCCUCAGCCCCGUGGGUGAGACAGAGGCCCUGCCCAACCCCAUUCUGUCACCAUCUGUCCCAUCCCCUGCCACACCUCCCCCCCGCUCCUUACCAAGCUCCUGCCCCUUUUCAUCAUCUGACCUGCCCGCCUAUCCAACUCCACUCUGCCCCAGCCCUUACAUCCUCCCCGCCGGGGAAACCUUUUUCCCUGCUUUGUCCCCUUUCUACCUUAUCCCACUACCUUGCUGGCACCCAGGGACCCCUCCUGCCCAACUAAGCUAAUCAGGUAAAGCCAUCAAGCAGGCCAGGGGACGCUAGGGCUCUCUGCCUCAUGGCCCUCGAGCCCUCCACUGCCCAGACACCUGGACCCUCCACAGGCCCUGGCCUGGAUUUCUGGCCACCCUGUGGGUUGAGGGAGGCCUGUCUGAAGGCUGAGCCCCUUGCCUGCACCCUGGGUUGGAAAUAGUGCUUUGUCCUGCAGCUCCUCUCUGAGCACUGUCUCCCUAGGAAGGGACCUGGGACACAGGCCAGAGUGGGGGGGGUCACCCCCAGCUCCCCAGAAGGUAGCCUCUUUGACAACCCCCACCCAGCUUUCCCAGGAGAGACCUGGUGGCCACAACUGGAUUUUGUACUGUGGCCAUUACUCUUUCUAUCCUAUGCAUGAGGCCUAGUCCAUCCUGUGUCUUCUCUGCAUGCUGGAUGCUGAGUCCCAGAAACAGGGAAAAGGAGAAGGAGAGAGAAGAGAUGGACAAAACCUCAGAUCCAUUAAAGUGUUAUCACUUCCUAAGCCUUGGCCUUGGAUGUCUGACACCAGCUCAGGCUAGGGCCCUCUAUGCAGUUGGUGUUUAAUGAGUUUUUUUGGAGAGGAAAAUCCAAGACUUCCUCUGACUGUAGACAUCCAGGAUUACCCCAGCAAUCAGCAGAUGGGGAGUGGGACCCACUCUGGGAGCAGGCAGACCUGGCUGCACGUCCUGGCUUUAAUGCUUGGUAGCUAGGACCCCUUGAACAUGUUCUCUGUGUUCCCUAGACCUCAGUGUCUCCACUUCUAAAUCGGAGAAAAUAGUCAUGACCGCCUCCUAGGGCUAUGAAAAAUGUGAAUUGCAUGGAAAACUCUUGGCAGGAGCCUGGCACAGAACAAAUGCUCAGAUGCUGCUUUUUUUUUUUUUUUUUUUUUUUUGCCAUGACCGCUCUGGGCCAUGGGCCGAGCUGGGUCUUGGCAGGUACAAAGGAGGAGGGAGAUGGGUCCCUGUUCAAAGGUGCGAAGCCCUUUAAGAUUGUAGUCUGCUGAGUUUCAGGGGGUGUUUAUGUUGAAUUGCAUCUUACAAGCCAGCAACAGAUCUACUACUAGAAAUUAGGAUGGUGGGUACACAACCUAUGGUCCCUGUUGCAAGCACACUCCAAGCAGGCAUCCUUGAAUGAGGCACAACUGCUUUUUUUUUUUUUUUUGGCUUUUCCCAAAGCUUUUUGGGCUUGUUUCUCAUCUGUUGCCCUAUGCAGGGAACUGUGGCGCCCUGCAUGUUAAGAAUGAAAUUGAUGGGAUGAAAAUAGAGAAAACAAUUAAAAAAUAAUUUCCAGUU